GUGUGGGUGAUGGCGGGUUUACGAAAGACGUAGAAACAAAUUUUCCCUUCAAUAGAAACAGUUUUUCGAAUCACAAUGAGACCAGUGAGUAAACAACACAGUCAAGCGCAAAAGAAGAAUGGCCGCCCGAAAAAGAAAGGAAAACGGGAAAGUAAGGCGUUGGGUAGUGAUGGCUCGUCAACAUCCAGACUUGAGAAUUGCUUUGUGAAGCGACAAAUAUCCACAAAGCAGCAUAAGAAGUGGUCUUUGUUAAACCUGUCCACUAAAGCAUUUGUUACCACCUUGAUUCAUAGCUGUAUGGACAACGUGCUGGCAGAAGCUGAAGAAUCAGAACGCACUGAAAUGCAGGAAGCUCUGAAUGAGCUGAAACAAAGGGUUUUUAAUAACCUUGAGACCCAGAAAGCACCUGUUAAUAAAAUUGAUUACUCAAAGUUACAUCAGAAACAGAUUUGUCAGGAGAAGCUCCGAAGUAAACUGACAGAAGAGGAGGAAGCCUUGAAUGCUGCCAUUCAGAAGACGGAAGGGAUAAUUGCAAAAACAAGGGAAAAGAUCACACAGCUGGAACUGGAGGAGAGCUCCGUAAAAAAGACUCUCUUCACAGAUAUAGAAGACAAACCAGAUGUGGAGCACAUGUAUGUUGAUUAUGAUUCCGUGGAACUUCUGAAACCAAAAGGACGAACAUGAAAUCAUGACUCAGGACUUCACCUCCAGCAUGUCUUCAUGUUUUCUACGUGACACCAUUGGCCAUCUUGCCUGCUCUGCUAAAGAAAACAGACAAUACUGUGGCGUUUUGUCUGGUUUGAACAUGAUUAUCUUAUACUGUCAAAGAUGCCAUCACUAUGGGAGAAAUGGAGAUAAUGUCAAAUACAAACCAUGGAUAUGAGACUUAUCUGACAAAAACUAAUGUUUGAACGUACAUAUGUGUGUAUAUAUAUACAAACUUUGAUUCCAAGUUAGGGUAAAAUCUUGUAACUUUGUCACUCUGGACCAAUGACUCAAUAAUAAUACUCUCUCACAUUGGGAACAUGUGGACUCUCUUUAAAUAAACGGUUUUUACACAAUGAAAAAUUCAAGCUCAGAGUCAGAUAAUACUUCCCAGAUUCUCCCCUCAGCUCGCUCGUAACACUUGAAAGCUGAGGUGCCCAUUUAGACAAGGCCCCUCCUAUUGUUGAGUAUUUAAACUUCACGAAAUAUUUUGCCAAUGGGCCAUUUUAUAAUCUACCCAAAGAGACCCAAAUGUCCAAAGUUCCCCGCCAUUACCCUACAUAAAGAGCGAGUUUUUAUUGUAACCAUUUCAGUGAUGUUGCAGAUGGCCAUGUCUGUUGAAUCUCCCAGAUUGGAAACUUCACAGAAACCUUUUGUGUGGUGCCAUUGACACUCUCAAGUCAGUAUGUAUAUUCCAUAAUAAUUUGUGGAGAACUUUUCCACAAAGAGCUCUGUGUAAGCUGGUGUGAUUAUGAACACACCAUUUCAUUUGCUUUCUUAAAACCAAAAAGCAGGAUAGCUUUGGACGUAACAGUUACAAUAUGUUCACUGUACUAUUUCUGCUAUGAUUCAUAACUUUUUCAGAGAUUUUAUUACAACAAACUGUGUAUAUUACAACAAACAUUUGAGUAUAUUUAUGUAACAAACGUGUGUUUAUUAGAGUAAAUGUAUGUUAUUG